GGAGGACUCAAAGCCAGUGCUGACACAAUAACAAUAAGUGUUGGUGAAAGCAACAAGACUUAAGACUACUGGACAGGUUGAGAAAUGAUGUCUUCAGGGUUGGCUGCGUUGUGUUUCCUGCUCUUGCAUACUGGAGCUCUCGGCUUUGGAAUAUUGCCAGGAAAGUCUCUGAAUCACCUGGAAAUCACUGAACGAGCGAUGUUAAAUGUCACUGUGGAGGUGUGCCGCUCUCUGGCCCUUGCUGAGGGGACAGACUUCUCUAUUCCAGCACAGCCUUUCACUGCAGAGGGCGUUGCUGUGGCCUGUGGCACACCAAAGUCCACCAAGAGUUUCCGCCAAGCCAUUAUUAUUAUCACACUGACGAAUGUACGGGUGGACCUCCGGCAUGCCCUCAAUGCGAGCUUCCACUUUGAUGAUGAAAUGUUUCUUUCGGGACGGAAAAUUAUCACUGAAGGAUUAACAGUUGUCAAAGCAAGCAUGAAGCAAGAAAACUAUGAGGCAGCGAGGGAAAAAUUGGGAGAGAUUUGUCAUCCCUUACAGGACUUCUACAGUCAUAGUAACUGGGUGGAACUGGGAAUGGAAUCGCCAAACACCAAUCUGCUCAGAUCGGACACCCGUGUUGGUAACAUAGCAGAUGAAAGCAGGGCAACAUGUCGCAACUGUGAUGGAGACGACUGCAGAAACAACAUCUUGGAGGACAUCAUAGACGAGCGCGUUCUGACCUCUGGGUAUUUUAGUAUUGCACUUAUUGGUGCAACUAAACCACAAGGAAAAUGCAGUCAUGGUGGAGGAGUUGAUCAGACAAGCACCAUCGAACCUGUAGGUGGGAUAAACAAAGACAGUUUGGACGCCAGCCAUGGACACCUCCACAGCCAGGCCGCAAAUUUGGCAAUUUCUGCAACCAGUGAGCUACUAGAAGACAUUCGAAGGGCUGCUGGUGACAGACAAUUCCUCCAGAUGGUGGGAAUCUCCAAAGGAUCCAGCAAAGCUCUUUGUUUUGUGAUCGACACCACAAAAAGCAUGAGUGAUGACAUUGCAAUAGUGAAGACUGUCACUUCCUCUAUAAUCAGCAGUGAAGUCGGCACAGAGAACGAGCCCGCAGUUUACAUUCUUGUACCUUUCAAGGAUCCAGAUGUUGGGCCGUUGAUAAAGACUUCAGACCCAAAAGUCUUUGAGACUGUCAUUGACUCACUAACAGCAGCCGGUGGAGGAGAUGAUGCAGAACUGAGUCUUUCAGCGCUUGAGCUGGCUUUAGGCAGCGUUCCUUUCAAUUCUGAGAUCUUCCUCUUCACGGAUGCACCUGCUAAAGACAAAAACCUGAAAAGCACAGUGACUGCACUCAUAGAGAGGACACAAGCAGCGGUGAGCUUCAUGAUUUCUGGCUCUACGAUGGCUAACCGUCGGAGACGGAGUGAUGACACACGACCCAUGUUGGCAGCAUCAGAUGCCCAGCUGUACAGAAACCUGGCUCACACUUCAGGGGGUGUGUAUGUUGAAGUCGCAAAGAGUGAGCUCCCAGCGGCCACCAGCAUCAUAACGGACUCCAUCAGUCCCUCUUUGGUGACCCUUCUUCAGGCAUCCAGGAACCCAGGGAAGAUGGAUAUGUUCCCUUUUAUAGUUGAUGAAACAGUAACAAACCUUAAAGUUUACAUCACCGGGCAUUCUGUCACUUUCACUGUCACCAGUCCCACAGGUGAAUCUCAGGACAGUACCAGCACCACAGGAUCACUGAUCACUGCAUCACAAUCAGUGGGAAACUUCAUGAGUCUGCAGCUACAAAAACAAGCUGGACUGUGGGAAAUAAAAAUGGUGUCCACUAAUCCUUACACUGUAAAGGUCAUAGGUCAGAGUUCUAUUGACUUCCUGUUCGACUUUGUGGAGAGAUCAAAGGGCCCGUUCACAGGAUACGAUACUCUUGACACUCGUCCCAGAGCUGGUGUCAACGGUAGCUUGUUGGUGUCUUUAACGGGGAGUGACUCGGCCACGGUGACAGAAGUCUUUCUGGUGGAAUCGUUGGAGUCGGAGGAGAUUAAAGGAGUUGUGGAGCCACAGGGGAGCGGAAACUUCUUAGUUCACUUUGACAGGAUACCAACAGUGGAGUUCAGUGUGCGCGUGAAGGGGCAGGAUAACAACACUGCCUCCAGAGCUUCACCAGUCGUGUUCCAAAGGCAAUCAACCACCAGUUUCAGAGCCUCUAAUCUGACUAUUACUGCUGACUCAAAUAGCAUCUUGGAACCAGGAAAACCAUUCUCUGUGCCAUUCUCUGUGACAACCAACGGAGCGGGGGGAAACCUCACUAUCCGAACCUCCAACAACCGCCGUUUUGACUCAACAUCUCCAACCAGUUUAGUUGUGGAAACUGGGGGCAGUGCUAACGGUACAGUGACCCUCUCGGCACCUCGUACCACCCCGUCUGGAACUGAUGUCAUCCUGACCAUUGAGGCUGAGACGCAGGAGGGUGAAGAUACUAAUUACAUCGUGCUGCGUUUCUCAGUCAUCAACACGGUGACUGAUUUCAUUCAGCCAGUGUGUGAGAAGCUCAGCCUGCAGUCCAACUGCUCUGGUAACUGCACUGGAUCAAUGUGGGAGCUCUCUGUCCGGGUGACCGAUGGGAGUGGAUCAGGUGUCGACCGUGUCAGCCUCAAAAAGGGAAACGGGACCCUGAACACCAGCCUGGACGCCAGCAACGAGAACAUAACUCUGGUUUCCUACUUGUCAUCUUGUUGUUCGCCUGAUAUGGAGCUGCUGGUUGUGGAUCGAGUGGGUAAUGUGGGCGUCUGUUUUUACAGUUCCCGGGAAGGCUCAUCCUCUGCUCAGUCUGAUUCUCCCAAAGUCACUCAGUCGCCCCUUCUCUGUCUCAGCAUAGUGGUGUUAGGACUCUAUGUAAUGACAGAACUGGGCAUCCAGUGAAUCCAUGUCAAAGUUGCAAAUAGUUUCACUGUGCAUUUACUCUAUGGUGACGGCUCACUGCUCUUGUAAACACACUUUACAGCACAAACAUUUUGCUUUUUUUUUUUUUUUACGAGCAAGGUUAAAUCCUAAAAUUGAACAGAGAAAUCCUGCUCCCAAGAAAAACUUGCGGGACUCCCUAAAAACGUAGUAUUAAGCUAACAUUGUGUCAUCGUGUCACUUUUUUGAAUAACCUAUCACAAGUGUAAAAUAAAAAUUAACUUUUGUACCUUAUUUUAACUGGUUUAUUAACUGAAGAUUAAACCCAUAAGAGUCCUCACGCCUAACUGUAACUCGGAUAUUUUUUUUAAAUUUGGUGAUUAUCAAUUAAGAAGAUACUUAGGUAAAAGUCAUUUGAAGGAGAAUCUAGUUGCAGUUACAGCCAUAUAUACAUACUGUACAUACACACACAUACAGCCAGCAGUACAAGGAGCAAAAAUCUGACUGCUGAUAAUUCUAAAACUGACCAUCAUAAUGUUAUACUGGAAAAUAUGAAUGAACGUUUUUAGGGAGUGCCAAAAUCCACAAUCAACUGGAGGUGUUCUAAUACCAUCAAUCUGUACCUUUUGGACUGAGACCAAUAUAAUGAAUAGAAUUGUGUGAGUUAAAUAAAUAUUGUGUAUGUUAUCUUUUACACGCAUGGAUGAUAUUGUAAAAAGCGUGCCAAGGCUAAUAUAGCCAUCCAAGGACAUUUUAAUUGGCUUCUUAACAUGGAAAAUAAGUUAUUAGCAUAUCCCUUAUAACUUUUUUUUUUUUUUUUUUAAUGCAACAGCGUCAUAUUGAUACUCGUUAUUGGCCAAUACGCUAGUUCAAAUUUUGCAGUCGAUAUUGGAAAGGAAAAAUGGUAUCAGAACAUCUCUAGCGUGUACACCUGCACAUGGAUACACACAGAUUGGUGCAUCCAUGUGCAACCUUCACAUAUGACAGAUGGCGGACGAUUUCUCUUUCGGAAAUCUGCUUUAAAAUUGAAUUUGUGGAAAACUCCUAACAACAAACGGAAGCCGCAGACAUUUUUAAAAAACAGAGGGUUUUUUUAUUGUCGUUAUAAUGUGUUUAAUGUAUAAUCCUUUACAGAAGUUUUCACAUUUUGCUACAAGUUCAACAAUGUUCCUUCCAUUUCCUUUUAUCGCUAUUUACAUUUUGAAAAGUUUUCAGAGAGACUACUUUGAAUAAACAGGUGAUUGAUCCUGGGUGUUGGAUAAA